UCUCAUUGUUCGUGCGCGCACAUAUAAUCCUUCUUCUACCAGACACUCGAUGAGCCUGACAAGCACUCGAAGAAGCUUCAGAUCUCAAGAGCUCUCCUUGGAGGCACAAGUUAAGCUAGAGGGUCUUCUUCUUCUUCAGACAUGGCUUCCAUGGGAACAGCAGCAGCCACCACUGUCCUCAGACCCUCCCCAUUCCUCGGCCAAUCAAGAUCAUCCUCUAAUGCUCUCAGAGACGUUGUCUCCAUGGCCACCGGCAAGUACACCAUGGGAAACGAGCUGUGGUACGGGCCGGACAGAGUGAAGUACUUGGGACCGUUCUCUGCUCAGACUCCUUCCUACCUCACCGGUGAAUUCCCUGGUGAUUAUGGCUGGGACACCGCUGGUUUGUCCGCUGAUCCCGAGGCUUUUGCCCGCAACAGGGCUCUUGAGGUCAUCCAUGGGCGUUGGGCUAUGCUUGGAGCCCUGGGCUGCAUCACCCCCGAGGUCCUACAGAAAUGGGUCCGGGUAGACUUCAAGGAGCCGGUCUGGUUCAAGGCCGGGGCCCAGAUCUUCUCCGAGGGAGGCCUCGACUACCUGGGCAACCCGAACCUCGUCCACGCCCAGAGCAUCCUCGCCGUCCUCGGCUUCCAAGUCGUCCUGAUGGGCCUCGUCGAGGGCUUCAGAAUCAACGGGCUCCCUGGCGUCGGAGAGGGCAACGACCUCUACCCCGGCGGCCAGUACUUCGACCCGCUGGGCCUCGCCGACGACCCGGUCACGUUCGCCGAGCUCAAGGUGAAGGAGAUCAAGAACGGGAGGUUGGCCAUGUUCUCGAUGUUCGGGUUCUUUGUUCAGGCCAUCGUGACCGGGAAGGGCCCGCUCGAGAACCUGUUGGACCACCUAGAAAACCCGGUGGCCAACAAUGCUUGGGUCUAUGCCACCAAGUUUGUGCCCGGGUCAUAAAUUGAUGGGUCUAAAUUGAUCAUAGUGCGUGUGAUUCGAGAGGAUGUGUAAAUUUGUGAUAGUUCAUAAUCAAGAGCUUUAAUUUAUGUGCACUAUUGUUCCA